UCGAACCUCCGACCAAUCCCAACACCAACGUCGCAAUUCCCAAACCCGUCAAAAUGGAGCUCUCCGACACUUUCCGCAUCGUCAACUUGGCCACAGCGACCAUCAUGGUCCUGGGCGGCAUUGCCCAAUUCUUCAACUUCAACUUCCAGGGCAUCAUUGUCGGUGCCUACGUAAUCCUCUUCGGUCUCUGCACCGCUCUCCUCGAGUUCCAGAUCCCUCCCCAAGUCUCUCGUUACGCCUCCUUCCUCUUCUCCUUUAUCGGCCGUGGUGUUUUCUACAUCUUUAUCGGCUCCAUCCUCCUCUCCGACGGCGUCUUCAAGAUCAUUGCCGGUUCCAUCGUCGGCCUCAUCGGCGUCGCCUACGUCGUUCUCGAGUUCGUUCCCCAGAUCGAGCCGCCAGCCAACAUGCGCGAGGCCGACGGCGGCUGGGGCGCAGAGCAGGUGUAAGCUAGCCGCCCCUUUUUCAACCACACAUGACCAAACUUCGUUCUCGGAUGCCUUCUUUUUGCCUUCCCCAAUCUUGAUACCAUUGGUGGGGGGAAGGGGCAUGAAAGCUUUCCCCGUUACAAAAGUCAACCCUUUAUACGAACAUAGUUGAAUCGGAUUUGCUGAGGAUUUCUUUUCGACAAUCAAGAUACUGAAGAGAGGGAAAUCAAAGAAUCGCGCACAGCUCGAUUCAGACGACGAUCUUUAGUUUCGCCAAGGAAACUGGGAAAGAGAACGCAAGAAGAGAAGCGACGGAUCAGGUACAACCCUGUACAACCCGACAGAACCCCCCCCCCAUUUGGAUGUGCCGGGGUCCGCUGUGUAUAUUGUGUGUAUUCACGACUUUGCAGAAACCUGUGUGUGAGUUGGAAGGAAAGAGCAUUCAUUGGCUUAUUUUCUUCUUUGUUUUUAUGCGCGCGACGCUUCUUCGAUGGCAAGUUGUGCCGGGUAGGGUGGCAUAGUGUACGACUUUUCUUUAGAGGGUGUAAGGAGAAAGGGUGGUCGGGAAAAAUAGGGUCUUGCUUGGGAUCCGCAACGGCUAGUCUGAACAGACCUGAUUUUGUCCUCAACACUGAUGAUCCAAGUUCCCAGCAAGGCCCCUUGACUGCUUCCGCGAGCAUGCCGUAGCUUACAGCUCGUUCAACACGGACUCGAUGCCCCCCCCCCAAAGUUACGCGACUAUCACGAGCGACCCUUGACUUCUUCGGUGCGUCUUCAUCGCGUUGAGAGAGAAUUUCGCAAGUUUCUUCACAGCAGAGUGAUUCAAGCAGACGACCUCGC